AUGAAACGUGGAAAAAGAGCGGGUCGUGGUCGUCGUGGAGGACUCGAUGAUAGUUUUGGUGGCGACGGUGGCUUGGCUUUUGAUAAAAGAAACCGAGCAGGUCGAGAUCGAGGCGGGUAUCACGGUUCGCGCGGUGGAGGUACCGAUAGCAGAGAUUGUUGGCGCGGUAGUUGGCGAGAUGUUGGCAGGGGAAACCAGCAAGGCUGGCAAGGACAAAAGCGUAGCGGUGGAUUCUCUGGCUUCUCAACAGGGUCGUUUGGAGUAAUGGGCGAUGUGGAUAUUAUUAACUGCAGUAGUAACUCUCCUGAAAAUGUGACUGCCGAAAUACCGAUUGCCAAUAUGGAAGACUUCUCCUGUGGAACAGUUUGUGAAAAGGUGAAAAAGAUCGGCUGCAGCAUCACUCAUGACGGCGAGUUACCAGAUUUCAGUAAAAAUAAGGAAAUCGCUUUUACAAGUAACCCGCUCCAAGACAAGGGAGCAUCUUGCGAAGUAUUCGAAUCAUCCAAACUUGUGGAACAUCACCAAAAUAGGACAAUUAAUGUUCAUAAAGAGACAGUGAUCCGUUUGAGAAAGAACAUCGAAGUGAACAAAUCGGAGUCUGGAGAGUGUCAUCGAGAACAUAAAAACGACGCGGUCACUGCGAAUAUAAAUGGAUUGGAUGAUUUCAUUCGCCACUCGACUCAUCCUAAGCGACGUGUUCGCUCUCUAUCACAGACUUUGAUGAAUGGUUUUGGUGGUGGAAGUUUGAAAGAAGAAAGGCGGUCAAGCGCGAAAUACUAUUCCAUCAGAGCCACUGAAGAAGAAUGCCGUCAGUUUGUUGGUGAUGAAGAAGGACAAAUCCGAUCGAUUCAUAAUGAUGGUAAUUUCAACAAUCAUCGACUGAGCAAGCUGUCGAUUCAUACCAAUAACGACGAGUUCUUUUACGUCGGUGGUCACCCACCUUCUGAUGGACGAACAAGCCUUCGCUCUCGAGGAACCAUUAGCAGACAGGUGGACUCUCAUUACAUGACUGCUUCGGAGCAGAUCAGGUCCCCUGAAGUUGGCGGCGAAGUACUUGAGGCAAUGAUAUCGUCUCGGAGUGAGCUCCUUUCCAACGAGGAUAAGAACACUCACAGUGAAGCAAGUGGAAUUACCACCUUCGUCACACCAAUGUCUACUUAUGAGUCGCAGGAGGCUAUCAAACUCACAAGUUCCGAAAACAAUUUCAAUCAAGAUGAGCAACUGACCGAGAUGCCCUACGAGCGGAACGCUGAAGCUCGUAUUCCUCGGCAGCUCUUCACUAAUUCUCGUCAAACUAUCGACGAUCAAUCAACAACAGUGCAUAAGUUUUCUUCUGAGGCCAGUAUCGACAGAGCGAACGGUCAUCAUCCUAAAGACAUGCGAAAGAGUACACAGAAUGUUGCUGAUGAAGUCGAAUCACCAUCGGCACAGAAAUAUUCGUCUGAAAUCAGUCUUCAUGCUGCACGCAACCACCCGCUCACCGCUUCCCGUCAAAGCAUGCCACUGAGCAUGUCUAAUGUUGCUGAUGGCGACGAACCAGCGACCGCGCAGUUGAAUUCAUCUGAAGUUAGUCUUCAUGCCGGGGACAAACACUACCCACUUUCUGUUAUCCGACAAACCGUGCGACAGAGUACACAGAAUGCUGCUGAUGACGUUGAACCAGCAACGGCACAGAUAUAUUCGUCUGAAGCCAGCCUUCAUGCCGCUGAGAGUCACCAUCCACUUACCGCUUCCAGAAAAAGCAUGCGGAUAAGCACGUCCAAUGUUGCUGAUGACGUUGAACUACCAACCACGCAGGUGUAUUCAUCUCAAGCCACCCUUCAUGCCGCGGAGUGUCACCAUCCACUCACCGCUUCCAGACAAAGCAUGCGAACGAGUACUCAAAAUGUUGGCGAUGACGUUGAACCAGCAACCGCGCAGGUGUAUUCAUCUCAAGCCAGCCUUCAUGCCGCAGAGAGUUACCAUCCACUCACUGCUUCCCGACAAAGCAUGUGGAUAAGCACGUACAAUGCUGCUGAUGACGUUGAACUACCAACCGCGCAGGUGUAUACGUCUCAAGCCAGCCUUCAUGCCGCAGAGUGUCACCAUCCACUCACCUCUUCCAGACAAAACAUGCGGAUAAGCACGUCCAAUGUUGCUGAUGACGUUGAACUACCAACCGCGCAGGUGUAUUCGUCUCAAGCCAGCCUUCAUGCCGCGGAGUGUCACCAUCCACUCACCUCUUCCCGACAAAGCAUGCGCAUAAGCACGUCCAAUGUUGCUGAUGACGUUGAACUACCAACCGCGCAGGUGUAUUCGUCUCAAGCCAGCCUUCCUGCCGCGGAGUGUCACCAUCCACUUACCGCUUCCAGACAAAGCAUGCGCAUAAGCACGUCCAAUGUUGCUGAUGACGUUGAACUACCAACCGCGCAGGUGUAUUCGUCUCAAGCCAGCCUUCAUGCCGCGGAGAGUCACCAUCCACUUAACGCUUCCCGACAAAGCAUGCGAACGAGUACACAGAAUGUUGGCGAUGACGUUGAACUAGCAACGGCCCGGAUGUACUCGUCUCAAGACAGGCUUCAUGCCACGGAGUGUCACCAUCCACUCACCUCGUCCCGACAAAGCAUGCGAAUAAGCUCGUCCAUUGUUGCUGGUGACGUUGAACGACCAACCGCGCAGCUUUACUCAUCUCAAGCAAGCCUUCAUGCCGCGGUCAGUCAUCCUCCACUGACUGCUUCUCGACAAAGCAUGGAGGUCUAUAACAGAGACGAUUCCGAAAUGUUUCAGUCGAAUUUGGGAAGAGAGGUGAUUAUUCCCGUUGCUCAGUCGAAUUUGGGAAGAGAGGUGAUUAUUGAGGGAUCUAACACUGACCCUCCAAAGCUUAGUGACAGAUGUUCGCUGCAGACACUCCCGGUGAUGUGCUCACGUUCGCGGGGAUCAUCUCAAAGCAGCGUUCAUGGUUUUGAGACUAGCAGUGGUGGAUUGUGGUACCAUUUCUCGAAUCCUGAACGUAUUCAAAAUUCCUCAUCCAGUAAUGCUAAAGCAGGUCACAUGGGAGUUGGAACAUCCACCAAAACUAGAGUUCAAGUAACAUCCCAAGCUUCUUCCAAUAAGACUUCCCAGCGCAGUCGUUCAUCAUCAAGAACACGUCAAAAUGAGGUGCAUUUCUCUUCGAUUCCUCAGCUUUUUAGCCAUCCAGAUGACCGGUUUGUUGUCGACUCAAGUGGAGAGCCCUUCCGACCAACUGCGGAGCAUGAACGAACUCCCAAAGUUGUAAAUGUUGGCUCACGCAAUCUUGUUGCUAAUUGCGAGAGUAGAAGCAGUUUGCCGGAAUUCCAUCAAGCUACUGUGGCUAUGGAUUCCCAACUUCUGACCGUUCCGGUUCAAAGCGGUACCGAGUCGAACGUUGAGAGUGAUAUGGACCUGCCGAGUCAAGCACCCUCUCUUAAAAGCAUUGACAUCAAUCCACCACCUGACGUUCCACCCGCUCUGGUUGUGACGGAUGCGCUCACGCCGAAACGAGCUCCGAUCGCUAUUGAGGAUCAAGAUGGUCACAAUUCACCGGCUGGUCUGAAUAGGACCAUUUUCUCACGCCCAGCAUUUCGAAGGCGGCGAUUCAAAGAGGUGCUCUUAAGGACGGCUUUAUAUGGUUGCGUGUAG